AUGAAAACAUACUUACCGACAUGGAGAUCUCCAACAGCACCUUACCUCGGAAGGACCGUUGUUGCCAACACGUGGGCUCGCACCUCAUGCCAGCUUGUCGGACCAACCACUGAGUAUGCCGCUCCUAACUCAGACGUCAAGCAGUCAUACCCCUUGACAAAAGCCAUCCGCCACAUGAACAAGAACAAGUGGAUUAGACUCCUAGAGCUCGCAGAGAUCCGAGGCAUGGAGCCAUAUCAGACGGCCAUGAAGGCUGUGGGCCUGGGCGAAGAAGGCGAAGUACGAGUAUAUGUGAAGCCAUCCACGAUUGCCGACGUCCUCUAUGAGGACUCAGACCAUGAUGCAGUUGACCUCAAGAUCGUCGCGCGCAUGGAAGAAAUCAAACCCGAUUUGAAUGUCUUCACCGAGUCAAACACCGCAGCAACUCAAGGCCCGGUCGACGCCGAUGGUUGGCUAAUCUUAACCCUCCAGCAGGCCGACACCAAUACAUGA